AAAAAUCUCGUUAUGUUAUUGUUAAUUAGUAUUGGAAUCUACUGCAAAUCCACAAUGCAGCAGCAAAGACCAGUUUCAACCACCCUCUCGUCCUCUUCUCCACUGCUGCCCUAAUCACCAUUGCCAACUUUGCAGUGUACCCUUCUGACCUCUGAAUACGAAACAAAAGCCACCAUUAUUUUGCAUAAACCCGGACAUCUCUGCCGUUAUUUUUUUUUUCACCUUUUCCAGCAUUUCCUUCAGCUUAAAGAAGAAGGAGAAGAAGGAACUAAUAGAAAGAGAUAGCUAGCAGCAUAUUCUAUAUGGAUCUCUUCUCUAUUUCUUCUUCAUUUCAUAUUCUGAGUCUCUGUGUUUCCUUUAUCCUCUUCUUUGGAGGUGCAUUGGGGGCUACAUUUACAUUUGUGAACAAAUGUGAGUACAUAGUAUGGCCGGGGAUACUGGCAAAUGCCGGUAGUCCUAGUCUGGACAGCACAGGAUUCGAGCUCUCCCAGGACUCUUCCCAGACCUUCAAUGUCCCUACGGGAUGGUCGGGUCGGAUGUGGGGCAGAACCGGCUGCACGUUCGACGGAUCCGGAUCAGGUUCUUGCACUACUGCGGACUGUGGGUCGGGUCAGGUGGGAUGCAAUGGCGCCGGUGCAUCCCCGCCAGCCACUCUAGCAGAGUUCACCCUCGGCACCGGCGGGCAGGACUUUUAUGACGUCAGCUUAGUUGAUGGGUACAACUUGCCCAUGAUCGUUGAGCCCUCAGGCGGCUCGGGUUUGUGUGCUUCGACGGGUUGCGUCACGGAUCUGAACCGUGUCUGCCCAAGUGAGCUGCGAGUGGGUGGAGGGGAAGCUUGUAAAAGUGCGUGUGAAGCCUUUGGUAGUCCGGAGUAUUGCUGCAGCGGCGCGUUUAACUCACCCGCCGCCUGCAAGCCGUCGGUUUAUGCUCAAAUGUUCAAAUCUGCUUGCCCCAGAUCCUAUAGCUAUGCUUAUGAUGAUCCUACCAGCACUUUCACUUGCGCUGGUGCUGAUUAUACCGUAACUUUUUGCCCAUCCAUGCCAAGUCAAAAAUCUUCAAAAGAUCCAACACCGACAACGACAGCACCAGUGACAACAACUGAUGGAUCUAUAUCUGGGACAGGUACAACUGGCCCGGAUGGAUCCGAAUCAGGAACCGGAUUGGGGGUGACGGAAGCGGAUUCGGGUUCAGAACAGGGGUCAAGAUCUCAAGCUAUGCUUGCAGAUGGAUCAUGGUUGGCAGGUUUGGCAAUGGGUGACUCAACUAGAAUUUACUACUCAAAUUCUGCCCUAAUUUCCUUGGCUUUUUUUACCCUCUCCAUUAUUUGUUUGUAGUCUCUCUAGGUUUGGGGUUUCCUAGGCAGACAUUGAACACGAGACUGUCUUGAAGGGAACGAGAUUUUGGCUUUUUCGUAGAAAAUUAGAAUGAUUUUGUUGGAUAUUGUAAUAUUAAGGUGAACUUUUCACUGUUAUCCAUAUGUUUACUUCUGGGUCUUGAAUUUUGUAUAUAAUGCUCUUCAGGUAAUAU